GGCAGGCGACGACGAGAGCCGAGUAGACGCGAAGGGAGCGGGUCCCUGGGAACAAGGAGAUCGCGAACAAAGCGCGACAGGCACAAAGAGGCGCUGAGAGGGCCGCCCACACCCAGGAUCAUGACUCCACUCGGCGGUGGGCGUAAUUAUCCCGUAAACGGAGCCACGCUGGCGCACACACGUGCAGUAGCCGUGUGUGUCCGUGUGCAUAGAAGUCGAAAGGAACUGGCAUUACUGCUUAUCUCAGUUCUCGCUGCUGCGCUGCUGCGAUGGCGAUGGCGCUCCCCCCAGUCCCCAGUACCCGACGACGACGCACACACGAAUACACAAUGGAAGGCCGGUGCGUCUGUGUUGGUUAGAGCCGCGAUCGUGAGGCUCGUGGUAAAAAUGAAAUGGGGCAUUGGGUGAAAGUACUUCUCGCCAGCGCGCUCGCCGCCGCCGCCGCCGCCGCCGCCGAGCAGCGAGGUCUUAUAUCAGAUCAGUCUUGUUCUCGGGAGCGCUGAGCGAGGACUGUAUAUACCUGCAUUCUAGUAAUAUGCUUCUCCGCGAACGAGUAUAAUUCUGCGCGUGAAUCCGUACCUCCUUCCUCUGCCACCGCCGCUCUACGCCUGCUGCACAUCUCGACAACACGAAAGCCGUAUAUAUAUAUAUACAGGCGUAUGUGUGCGCGCGCGCGCGCCUAAUGACGCGACGACUGCAUCUGCAUCGUGUGUCCAGUGCAUCAUUCGUCGUCCGUCGUUCGAGCGCCACGCUUAGAUCGAGAGCCAUGCAGAGUAGUAUAAGCGGGCCGGCGAGUAGUGCUGCAACGUUCCCCUGAGCGCGCUCUCGACAAGCGAUAGGACAACAACAACAGAACUUCGAUUGUUAACGCGCGACUUUUGUCUGCUCUGCACUGCCCCUCGCUGCACAGGUGUCCGCAAUCGUCUGCAUCAUGAGGAGCUGGAGCGUAGUGGCCCUGCUGCUGGUCGCGGCCCUCGGAUGGUCGUCGGCGCUAGAGAACGGACUGGCCAGGACGCCGCCGAUGGGAUGGCUCGCCUGGGAGAGAUUCCGCUGCAACACCGACUGCAAGAACGACCCGGAUAACUGCAUAAGUGACCGGCUCUUCAGGACAAUGGCCGACAUUGUUGUCAAUGAAGGAUAUGCAGCAGUAGGAUACGAAUAUAUCAAUGUUGAUGACUGCUGGCUGGAGAAAGAGCGCGACAUCAAUGGCAAUCUUGUACCCGAUAGAGAACGAUUCCCUUACGGAAUGAAGAGCUUGUCCAAUUACGUUCAUUCCAAGGGACUGAAGUUUGGUAUUUACGAGGACUAUGGUAACUACACUUGUGCAGGAUAUCCAGGUGUCAUUGGGUACAUGGAGAAUGAUGCUGCUCAAUUCGCGGCAUGGGACGUAGACUACGUAAAACUUGAUGGCUGUUAUGCUCACCCUAGUGAGAUGGACCAAGGUUACCCAGAAUUUGGCUUCCACAUGAACCAAACUGGAAGACAGAUGAUCUACUCCUGCAGUUGGCCAGUGUACCAAAUUUAUGCCGGCAUGCAGCCCAACUUCACUGCAAUCAUUCAGCACUGUAACUUGUGGAGGAACUUCGACGACAUCCAGGACUCGUGGGCCAGUGUCGAGACUAUUAUAGAUUACUACGGCAACAAUCAAGACGCGAUUGUGCCCAACGCUGGGCCAGGUCACUGGAACGACCCAGACAUGCUGAUCGUCGGCAACUUCGGCUUGAGCUAUGAACAGAGCAAGACGCAGAUGGCUAUCUGGGCUAUCCUCGCGGCGCCCCUCCUGAUGUCCGUCGACCUCAGGACGAUUCGACCAGAGUACAAAGCUAUCUUACAGAAUAAGAAGAUUAUCGACGUUGACCAGGAUCCUCUUGGAAUUCAAGGUCGCCGAAUUUAUAAGCAUAAGGGCAUUGAAAUCUGGGCCAGGCCCAUCACUCCUGUUUACCAAAACUACUACUCGUACGCCAUCGCCUUCCUGAACAGGAGAACGGACGGCACACCCUCUGAUGUAUCCGUCACACUCAAGGAACUGGGUCUGCAGUACCCUGGUGGAUACAGAGUAGAGGACUUGUACGAGGACGUCGACUAUGGCGUACUCACCCCCCAAACUAAGAUUAAGGUCAAAGUAAACCCGUCCGGAGUUGUCAUCCUGCGCUGUGAUCUGCAAACUGACGAUGUCUAUGCCUCGAACCAGUAUUCGGCAUACUCGCCACUUGACCAAGUGUUCAAAGUCAGACCCAACUCUUUUUAAGUGAUUUUGUAAAUUAUUUUUUAACAAAUUAAAUUCUCUUUUAUAACGAACUGUUUAUAAAACGCGUGUCCAUAAUUUGUUAAGGCUGUAAAAAAUAAACUAUUUGACAUAAAACGAAA